GCCUACUGGUGGGAAAUAAAUUUAGCGGGAAGCUUAUCCGCACAUUUCUGCCAUUUAUUUUAAUUCUGUCAAGAACACGUUCCAGAGACUCUCUUGAGUAUCACCAUGGUCAGAACAAGAGCCAAUCCUGCUGCUGCCAGAAAAGCUGUCGCUGCCAAGGCUCCCAGGAAGACACUAGCUACUGCCCGAUCGUCCUCCGCUUCUCCCACAUCGAGUAACAAGAAGAAGACUGGCUGUGGAGGCAACCCUCUCAAGAUCUGGCCCAAGCCCUCGUGGCAGAAAGGGCUGGAGGCCUUCAUGGGGUCUGGAGGGGGCGAGUCUUCAAGAGGAUGCUCGUCCACUGACGACACAUCCCUCUCUGAGAAUGACUUGGUACCUGAUGAGACACAGGGCACGGCUGAUAUGGAGGGAGCUGGGAGCUCUUCUAGUGGCCUACACAUACUCAGUGGUGACAUUGCCCAGCUCAACAGUGACACUGACGACGAGUGAACAUCUCUAGCUAGCUAUCAUCUUUUUAUUUUGCUUGUCCCUCACCUCUUUACCAUGUGUUCCACUAUAAUUAUGUUGUGCAGUUUAAAAUGAAAGUAUUCAAGACUGAA